GGUUAUUAAACUUUAUGUCACAUGCAGCUACAUCUCACGGAGUAAGACUGGAUCAAGAUGUUGACAACAGAACACUAGUCCGCCGUUCAUUCACCAAUGUCAUAAUACACCAUCCUAUGUUAAGCAAAGGACAGUCGGAACAACUUGUCAUAUUCAUGAUGGAUCAAAAUAAUGAAGUUUUUGAAAUACCAGACAGAAUUGCUGAGGAGGUGGAAGAGAAAUUAUCAGCUGCAAGACACGGCAAAGAUUAUCUCCCAAACAAUGAAACCUACUGUACUAUGAUAUCUAAGAUAGACUAUGAAAAGGAAAAAGUAAACUUGACUCGUGAUGCUUUACGUGAUUUGAUGAACUAUAUUAUAGAUGAUGUGAACCUCUCACUCAAACAAAAGAAACAAAAACUCAAACAAUUGCAGAAAGCUCACAGCGAUGUAUAUGAUGUACAUUUUCAUGGAUUUCUAUAACUCUGCUUAUAAUAGUUAUAAAUGUAUAAGGGAAUGAAUGAAUGUGUUCAUUCAAUUUAUACUGAAUAGCCAGAGGAACCCAAACCAAAAUCUACCUAAGGAGUACAAGCCAAACUUGACCUGAGGAACCCAAACCAAACUUGACCUAAGGAACGCAAACCAAAAUCUAUCUAAGGAGUACAAGCCAAACUUGACCUGAGGAACCCAAACCAAACUUGACCUGAGGAACCCAAACCAAAAUCUACCUAAGGAGUACAAGCCAAACUUGACCUGAGGAACCCAAACCAAACUUGACCUGAGGAACCCAAACCAAAAUCUACCUAAUAAGUACAAGCCAAACUUGACCUGAGGAACCCAAACCAAAAUCUACCUAAGGAGUACAAGCCAAACUUGACCUGAGGAACCCAAACCAAACUUGACCUGAGGAACCCAAACCAAAAUCUACCUAAGGAGUACAAGCCAAACUUGACCUGAGGAACCCAAACCAAACUUGACCUGAGGAACCCAAACCAAAAUCUACCUAAGGAGUACAAGCCAAACUUGACCUGAGGAACCCAAACCAAAAUCUACCUAAGGAGUACAAGCCAAACUUGACCUGAGGAACCCAAACCAAAAUCUACCUAAGGAGUACAAACCAAACUUGACCUGAGGAACCCAAGCCAAACUUGACCUGAGGAAUCCAAACCAAAAUCUACCUAAGGAGUACAAGCCAAACUUGACCUGAGGAACCUAAACUAAACUUGACCUGAGGAACCCAAACCAAAAUCUACCUAAGGAGUACAAGCCAAACUUGACCUGAGGAGCCCAAGCCAAACUUGACCUGAGGAAACCAACCAAAAUCUACCUAAGGAGUACAAGCCAAACUUGACCUGAGGAACCCAAACCAAAAUCUAACUAAGGUGUACAAGCCAAACUUGAUUAGAGGAACCUAAACCAAACUUGACCUGUGGAACCCAAACCAAAAUUGACCUGAGGAACCCAAGGCAAACUUGA